CCGACUUUGACUUGUAUCGCAACCGUUGACAGUCAUCUUCUCUCCUCCGAGUUGCUGGAAGAGCGGGAUAAUAUCAAAGUUAUUACUUCAACAGCCGCCGUCGUCGUCACCGCAGCCGCUGUUGUGUGUUAUUUCGUGAGGCUCGAUACCACCGGGUAUCGCCGACCUCCGUUUCCAGCAGUUUUCAGUCUUCUCGAGUCCACCGCGAAGUGGGAGGAGUACGGUAUAGACCCUACUUGCCUCCAGCCAGUGCCUCGAGAAUCGCCGUAUCUCGUCGGCCUUUUUCGGAACAUCAACGAAACCCAUAAUAUCCUACCGUGCUCGAUGGAUCCGUAAAUCAGGCGCGCUACCGGGACACAAAAAUGGAUUCGGAAGACGGGGAGUUGUUCAUCAAGCAACUGGCUACAUUUGUGCGGACGCACGAGAAAGCCUUAGCCAACGCUCUGCAAUUCAGGCGCCAAAAUCUCCCGAGGCAUGGUUCAUCACAGAGCGUCUCGUCGAUUUCGACGAGCAACAUUGCCACGUCUCCGACAGCCAUGGAACGACCCGCCACAUCUUCCUCCGCCUCAAGUACCCUCGCCGCCGCUUUGUCGCUGGGCACCUUGAGUUUCACGUCUGCCUCUGUCAAGUCGGCAAAGCUCGCCUUGACCUCACAUCACCUUUUCUAUCUCCUCUCGCGUUUUGAAGAGCUCGGCAUACCCGUUGGACCGAUGAAGGUCCGCCUUGAGAACCUUCACGACAAUUCUUCUUCGGCCAACUAUGUCUCGUUUCUUAGCCAGUCUCAGCGAACUAAGAGCCGCGAGUCUGAUGUGGGAUCUAUACGCUCCGUGUCUAGCAUCCGGAGUGUCAUGUCCGGCAUGUCGGCUUUGUGGGCAAGUUUUGGAAUUGGCAGCAGUGUCUCCGCCGCCCGUACCGAAAGGCAAAAGGCUGCUAUACAGGCCGAUUUGAAGUACUUGUACUCCGCUUUCACCAAAAUCCCUUGCUUGAAGCUUGCUCCUGACUGGAGAGCACGUUUGAUCAGGGGUUACGAAGAGUUUCCCUUUGACUCAGCCGUUCCGCUUUACGUGUUCAAGAACGUACAGGCUCUUGAGGUCUGCGAUAUGGACUUUCGACACUUCUUUGGCUGGGACAGGAUGGCUGAUCAGUUACGAUCGCUGACACUCAAGCGUGCAAGCAUCGAUGAUCCAGCAGACAUCUUGAUUGACAUUGUCCUUGAUGACAUGGACAAGCGUCGAAGGAGAUCUUCGAAGACGCAAGCCUCGCCCACAACGCCCUGGGGCGCUGGGGCUUCCAGCCCCCGACGCACCCCUACCGCUGGACACAAUGAAUCACAAUCACAUAAUUCUACUUCGGCGCCUGGCUCCCCUCAGCCAAGGUAUUCUACCGGAGACCUCCAAAUCGGCUCUCUGAACAGCGAGGCAAGCAUGGGUGGCAAAGACGAUACAUCAGACGACAGCAGACGGCCUUCACUCGUCAGAGCUGACAGUGGUGAACCUUCCACGUCGCCAUCAAAAUCAUCACGGCCGAGAAGCCACUCGCCACGGAGGCCCAACAGCUCCAGGAACUCAACCUCUCACGUCCGCACUUCCCACAAAAUCCGUCGUUCGGGCUCUGGAAGUUCCCACUCAAGUCUCUCGGACUCAUGGCAUGGCCAUCACCGAGGAGGGAGCACCUCGAACCUGCUGUCUGUGGGGAUUUUACCAGCAUCAAAAUGGAGAUUUUUGAAGCAUCUGAGCCUCGCCGACAAUUCCCUCACUUCCAUCUCUGCCACCAGCCUAGCCCCCCUAUCCAACACACUUCACUCGCUCGACCUGUCAGCCAACCUUUUCACCCAGAUACCCGACAGUUUAGCCACUCUGACGGCAUUACGAGCUCUCAACCUAUCUCAUUGCAUGAUAGACUCGCUGCACUCGCUUUUAAGGAAUCCUUUGCCGGCCAUCACUGCUCUCAACCUUCGCGCCAACAGGCUUCAGUCAAUCGCUGCGAUUGAAAAGCUCUAUCCUUUGGAGAGAUUGGACCUCAGAGACAACAAGCUGACCGACCCCAUGGAACUCGCUCGGCUGACCAACAUCCCCGACUUGCGGGAGGUCUAUGUCGAAGGAAACCCAUUCACUCGAACCCACAAGGACUACCGCGUCACUAUCUUCAACCUAUUCCGCCAAACCCCAGGCUAUACAGAGGACAUCACUAUCGACUCUACAGGGCCGACCUACGCAGAGAAGAAGCAGCUGGUUGAUCGGGUUCCUCUUCCGCCUGCCGUUCCUGUUGUCAAGCCCCGCGCCUCUGAAAUGCCCGCAGUCGAUGUCUUGAAGCCGGCUAUCAUCUAUGAGACCCCGAAGGAGGCCGCCGUACUGCGUAAAGAGCGACCACGGCCCAAGGCAACGGCCAGCGAAAUCAACACAAACUCAACGCGCCGCAGACGAGCCCCGAAAAGGCGCAUUGUAGACUUGGCCACAAAGGAAUCUUUGGUUGCGAACGGACAGCCCACAGAGGUUACAGCCCAGCCAGUGAAGAAUCCCCAGGGUCGGAGUGUAUACAAAGAGGACCACUACCGCAUUUCGCAGACUGCGGAUUCACAGUCGCCGCAACUGAGUGCGCCUGUCUCGAUCAAUAAAAUACCAGCCACCGCCCAAGAGGUACCACGUAUCAAUACCGAUAUCGUCAAGACGGAUGCCGCGAAGCAACCCGUCGUCGUCGCCUCACACGAGCCCGAACCGUCGUGGGAAGCCUCGCCUCCCGUUGACUGGGAUGCAGGCGGCGAAGUCUAUCGGCGUAAAAUCGAGGAGCUACGUGACAAGGUCGGCCAGGGUUACCUGAGCGUACUGAGCGAGGAGGGCUGGGACGCAUCACGACACCUCCAAUCACACUUUCAAGAUGUUCAAUUCGGGGCACCGAGUCCUGCGAUGCGCCAGGAUCCGACAGCGCCUCGGGUUGUUCAACCUAUUCACGCCGGGCGCACACUCGGAUGAUCUAAUCAUACCUUACAACCCAAAACACAUGUUACAAUUCUCUCUUCUACAUCCCUUUUGAACAUGUUUGGAACUGAACCACUUAUCCGCUCCUCUCACACUCCUCCGUAUGACUUUUACUCAUUUCACUUUCGAUUCGGUUGUUUUAUUUAUUUUUUUGUCAAUCUGCAUUGUUCAGCAUAGCGUAUAGGCGUUUGGUAUGGGAAGCGGUGAUUUGAUUUAUUUGAUACAAGAUUUUUGGGCUUGUUCUUGUUUCGAGAUACUCCUCUCCUUGUUCGGCUUGUUACCUGGUUAUAUUGAAAACUUGGCCCAAGUGCCUGUUGAUGACAUCGGCGGACAGUUUUUUUUUUUUUUUUUCAGCUAGAAAAUAUGAAGUUGCCGGCUUUUUGUUGACAAGGACUUUUUAAAUAUUCAUGAACC